AUGAGCGUAAGCGAUGACGGCGGUGGGGGAAGUGACGAAAAGUCGGCCGACGGGUGGCGGGCGGAGGAGGCCGUCGCGGGCAACCGUAGGGCACUCGAGGCCCUUCGGGAGCUCGUGGCUUAUCCUUUCCUCUACGCCCACGAGUCCCGUCUGCUCGGCCUCAAGGUAAUGUGCUCCCGCCUCUUGCCCCCAUCAGACUCCGUCAUUGUCUGCUACACCUUCGGGUUAAUCAUUCAGCUUGCUUUCUUCAGUGGCCCAGAGGGUUGCUGCUCCACGGCCCCCCUGGCACCGGAAAGUCCAUAUUCUGUACACAAAGCCCAUGUGGGAGAGGGAGAAAAGUUCCUGCGUGAAGCUUUUUCUGAAGCGUAUGCUCAGGCUUCGCAGGGUAAACCAGCUGUGAUAUUCAUCGACGAACUUGAUGCCAUAUGUCCACGCCGCAGUGAUAGGAGAGAGAACGAGUCCCGCAUUGUUGGCCAACUUCUUACUCUGAUGGAUGGAAACAAGAAAUCGUCAAAGAUGCUUCCUCACAUAGUUGUUGUUGCAUCGACUAACAGGGUAGAUGCCAUUGAUCCAGCAUUGAGAAGGGCAGGACGUUUUGACUCAGAAGUAGAUGUUGCUGUUCCUACAGUUGAAGAGCGGCUGCAGAUCCUAAAGCUUUAUGCCAAAAACCUACAUCUGGAUGAAAAGGUCGAUCUUCAAACCGUUGCUGCGUUCUGCAAUGGCUAUGUUGGAGCUGAUUUAGAAGCAUUAUGUCGAGAAGCUGCCAAGCUUGCAUAUCAUAGAAUGUUAAACAUAUCUGAGGGUGACAAAGUACUUAAACUACAUAUGGAGGACUGGGAGUCUGCUAGAUCUAUGGUGGGACCAAGCAUAACAAGAGGGGUAACCAAAGAAAUUUCAACGGUUUCAUGGGAUGAUAUAGGAGGCUUGAAAGAUCUAAAGAAAGAGCUUCAGAAAGCUGUUGAGUGGCCCAUCAAGCAUGCUGCUGCAUUUUCUAGACUUGGGAUACCACCAGUCCGGGGGGUGCUUUUGCAUGGUCCGCCAGGGUGCUCGAAGACUACCCUUGCCAAGGCUGCAGCACAUGCUUCCCAAGCUUCUUUCUUUUCUUUGAGUGGUGCAGAUUUAUAUUCCAAGUAUGUUGGAGAAGGUGAAGCCCUGUUACGUAGAACGUUUCAGAAAGCACGUCUUGCUUCUCCAAGCAUUAUAUUUUUUGACGAGGCUGAUGCCAUUGCCCCAAAGAGAACUGGCCCUGGUGGGAAUUCUAGUGGCAAUGCCACAGUUGGAGAAAGACUUUUGUCGACUUUAUUGACCGAAAUGGAUGGUUUAGAACUGGCUACGGGAAUUAUCGUAUUGGGUGCUACGAAUCGCCCAAAUGCAAUUGAUGCUGCUCUUCUACGCCCAGGACGUUUUGAUAAGGUGCUGUAUGUCCCGCCGCCAGAUGUGGAAGGUCGAUAUGAGAUACUACGCAUCCAUACACGGAAAAUGAAAUUGGGAGAGGAUGUAGAUCUUUGGAAGAUUGCGGAGUGUACCGAGUUGUUCACCGGUGCUGAUCUUGAAGGCCUUUGCCGGGAAGCUGGAAUGGCAGCACUGAGGGAAGAUAUCUCAGCAAGUUCGAUAUGUAAUACCCACUUCCAAGCCGCACGAAGUUCAUUGAAUCCCUCUCUUACAAAAGCAGUAGUUGAUGAGUACUCAAAGGCAGCCAUAAAUGAUCCAUCAAGUAGGAAACAUUAA